GUCGGAAGCACGCUCGCCGCCACCACUUCCCGCAAGGAGCCUUGCCAUCGCCAUGUCUGACUCGCCUCGCACGCGUGGAGGAAAGCGUUCCGCCCACCGCGGUGGCAACUUGCAUGUGGUCUGUGCUUACGUGACUUUGCGUAAAGUCGCAGAAAUAAUUCCGCUAGCCCUCUUCAAGUUGAUUCCGGGGGUAAACAGCUAAAAGGGAACCCAGGGCCCACGCCCUUUCUAGGAAAAUGACGCUGGGCUCCAACAUAACCUCGCGCAUCUGGCCGAGCAGCGCCAAACUACGCUGCCACUGAUCGCCCUCAUCGUACGCCCUGAUCCCAGUGCUGUAACUGAUGACGUCGGGUUCCGACUUCACCUCCCGCGUCUCGCUGAGCAGCAACAGGGCCUGCUGCCAUGGAUUGCCCUUCUCGCACGCGCUGGCCCCAGCGCUGCAGUGGGUGAUGGCAUUGGGCUCCAGCGCCGCCUCCCACAUCUCUCUGAGCAGCGCAAGCGAUGGCUGCCACUGCUCGUCCUUUCUUGCACCCGCUGAUCCCAGCGCUAUAGUUCUGAAACAGUCCGAAUCCCAACACCGCCUCCCACAUCUCGCUUAACAGCGCCAGAUCCCGCUGCCACUGCCCACCUUUCACUCACGCGCUGAUGCCCAGCGUUGUAGCUGACUAGCCUGUCAUAUCGUCUCUCCGUAGCAGAGCGCUGAUCGCAAGGCUGUAGCUGGCUGCGUUGGGCUCCAGAUUCGCCGCCCGCAUCUCGCUCAGCAGUGCCAGGGCCCUCUGCCACUGCUCGUCCUUCGCGCACGCGCUGGUUCCAACCCUGUAGCUAGAUGACGUCGGGCUCCAGCUUCGCCUCCCGCAUUUCGCUCAGCACGGCCAGGGCCCGCGGCUACUGCUCGUCCUUCUCGCAUGCGCUGAUCCCAGCGGUGUACCUGAAGACGUCGGGCUCCAGUUUCGCGCCUGGCAUCUCGCUCAGCAGCGCCAGGGCCCGCUGCCACUGCUCGCCCUUCUCGCACGCGGUGAUCCCAGCGCUGCAGCUAGAUGACGCCAGCCUCCAGCUUGGCCUCCCGCAUCUCGCUCAUCAGCGCCAGCGCCCGCUGCCACUGCUCGCCCUUCUCGCACGCGCUGGUCCCAGCGCUGUAGGACAUGGUGACGUUGGGUUCCAUAUUCGCCUCCCGCAUGUCGCUCAGCAGCGCCAUGGCCCGCUGCCACUGCUUGCCCUUCUCGCACGCGCUGAUCCCAGCGCUGUAGGACCGGCCGGCACGCCUUUGGGCCAUCGGACCCCCCCCCCUGCCGCACGCGGCGCCGCCGGCGAUGGCAGUCCAGACCCGCAGCAUUCGACACCCCGAACGCAUGCUGAAGAAAGGCUCUCCGCCGAAUGAAUGCUGUCAUUGUCCGCGCGGCGGAGGAACAGGAACCACUGCUGAUAGAACGCUAAGUCCCCAAGAGCCCCUUCCAAGACUCGCCAAGCAACCACGCUGCCUGCUGCCACUGCCCGCUUCUGUCGCACGCGUUGAUCCCAGCGCUGAAGACGAUUGCGGCGGGCUCCAGGGUCGCCUCCCUCAUCUUGCUGAGCAGUAGCAGUAUUUGCUGCCAGAGCCCGCUUUUAUCACACGCGCUGAUCCCAGCGGCGUAGCUGAUGGCGUCGGGCUCCAACGUCACCUCCCGCACCUCGCUUAACAAUGAAAAUGCUCGCUGCCACUGCCCGCCUUUAUCGCACGCGCUGAUCCCAGCGCUGCAGCUGACGAGGUCGGGUUUCAACAUCUCCUCGCACAUGUUUCUGAGCAAGAAUAAUGCUCGUUGCCACUGCCCACUUUUCUCGCACGCGCUGACCACAGCGUUGCAACUGAUGGCAUCUGGCUCCAUGUUCUCUUCCCGGAUCUCGCUGAGCAGCGCCAGGGCCCGUUGCCAUUGCUCACCUUUCUGGCACGCGCUGAUCCCAGCGUUAUAGCUGAUGGCGCUGGACACCAACAUCUUCUGCCGCAUCUCGCUUAGCAGCGCCAGAGCCCGCUGCCACUGCAACCCCUUCUCGCACGCGCUGAUGCCAGCAUUGUAGCUGAUGGUGUUGGGCUCCAGCUUCGCCUCCCGCAUCUUGCUGAACAGGACCACAGCCCGCUGCCACUGACCGCCCUUCUCGCACGCACUGAUCCCAGCGUUGCAGCCGAUGGCGUCGGGCACCAGCUUCGCCUCCCACAUCUCGCCGAGCAGGGCCAGAGCCCGCUGCCACUGCAGGCCCUUCUCGCACGCGCUGAUCCCAGCGUUGUAGCCAUGGCGGUGGGUUCCAGCUUCGCCUCCCACAUCUCGCUGAGAAGCGCCAAAGCCCACGGCCAUUGCUCACUCUUCUCGCACGCGCUAAUCCCAGCGCUGUAGCUGAUGACAUCUGGCUCCAACUUCGCCUCCCGCAUCACGUUGAGCAGCGACAGAGCCUGUCGCCAUCGCUCGCCCGUCGCGCACGCACUGAUCCCAGCGUUGAAACUAAUGACGUCGGGCUCCAACAUCGCCUCUCUCAUCUCACUUAGCAGCGCCAUAGCCUGCUGCCACUGCCCGCCCUUCUCGCAAGCGCUGAUCCCAGCGCUGUAGCUGAAAAAUGACGCCGGGUUCCAGCUUCGCCUCCCGCGUCUCGCUCAGCAGCGCCAGCGCCCGCUGCCACUGCUCGCCCUUCUCGCACGC